AAAAACAGCAAGAAAGAAAAAACACACUCAGUCCAAACAAGAACGGAAGGUUCACAGCCAGAAAAGUUAGACCGAUGAAGCAGCAGCAGAAACGUGCAUAGCCAGAUAUUUUCUACUGUUACACAUACACACAUCAGAAACUGUUUCACGAAGAAUUCUAUGCUACUACUAAAUAAUUAAAAUAAUUAAUUAAUUGCCAUCAAACAAAUGCAACGGACCAACGCCAUUUAAGUGAUACAACAAAAUAUAAUACAAAUAAAAGUUUAAACAACAUAAGUGCUGUGAUUUCCACUACAAAACAACAACAACAACCAAGUAACAAGAAAUGUUAAUUUAAACUGCAAGCAACAAGAAUCCAAUGAAGAGAAUAUAAAAUUCGAAGCAAUCAGCAAAAAAAAAACAACAAACAGCAAAUUGUGAUAAAGUAAAUAAUUAAUUAAUUAAUUCAACGUAAAAGUGAUACAACAAAAAGCCGUCGGCAAAACGAGAAGCGAACGAACAUUCGAACGAAUAUAUUCUUCGAUUCGAUUUUCGACUUUUCCACACCACACACAGAAAAACCAAUGAAAAUGGAUGUUAUUCCCGUGCAAAGUAUCUACGGCAGUGUUCUGGGAUCAAACAAAAAUAGAGAUUGGACCAGCACACUGACACGGCCAGUUACCGUGGAGAACGCCGCCUCUGUGGCUGUUAUGCCCAAGAAGGCCAAAACUGCCACCAGUGGCAACACCAACAGCAACACCAACAGCAACACCAACAGCAACACCAACAACACCAACAGCAACACCAACAGCCACAGCAACAGUAUUAAGCACAAGCAGCCAGCGAGCAAUGGUAAUGCCAGCGGCAGCAAGAAAACCAAGCCCAGCGGCAGUUACAACAGCAACUUCUUCUAUGGCGACGAGGAGGAGGUGCUGGGCACCAGCAAUAGCUAUUAUGGCCAGGCUCUGGACAUGAAGGCCAUCGACGAGCUGUCCGCACGUCUGCUGGAUGAGCUGAGGGCGGCCAAAUCACGUCAUUUGACCUGCACAGAGGUGUCGCUACCAUGUGAUCUCACGCCGAGCGUGGCCCGGGAAAUUUUCCGCGUUUCGGAGAAGGAACCCUGCGGCAUCCGCGGCUGCACCAUUUACAUUGAGUUCGAGGAUGAGCCGAAGAAUUCGCGUCGCAUUGCCUCGAUCAAGGUGGAUCCCGAUACGGUGUCCACCUUUGAGGUGUACCUAACACUGCGUCAGGAUCAUCGCGGCUGGACGUCAUUGUUGCCGCAAUUCAUGAAGAGUUUGGCCCGCACGAUUACCAUUAGUCCGGAAUAUACGAUUACCAAGAAUAAAUUGUAUUCGGCCGAUGGUUUGGGUGCCAGGCGUAGCUAUAGCUUUGGCAGUCAUGCCCAUAGUCGGCCCAGUGCGGCCAUUGCCACGCCCACCAACUAGGACGCCGUCGCCUCUUGUCCGGUCCAGAGGAUGUCUGCGGAAGGAAGGAAGUAAGAAGAAGAUGAAGAAGAAAAAAAACACCAACCCUGUGAUGAUCGAGAGCAGUAGUUUGUUGCCACUCGCCAGGAGCAGCAACAACGAAGCAAGUAUUCGAAGCCACCCCACCUACACACCACACACCACACACCACACAACACACAACACACACACAUUAGGGUACGCCAACCACACUCUCAUACUAAUACUAUAUAGGGGACCGCCCAGGCCCAAGAUUUUUGUAAUUGUGACUCUCACCACCAUUUUACUUAGAUGCGUAGUGCUAUAAACAAAAAACAAAACAAAACAAAAAAUAAUAUAUAUAACUAGAGUUUUAAGUUGUUUCUCCUUUUUCAACAAAAUACGCAAAAGCAAGAAAAACAAACAAAACGAAAUGAAACGAGGAGCGAGCGAAGUUUAAAAGAAAAAAAAAACCAACAUGAAAUUCAAAGACGGCAGCCCCACCGAGCAAGGGGAGGGGAGGGGGGGAGGGUAGGGGAAAAGGGAAAUUCCCUUUUCCUUUUUCUUUUCCCUUUUUCCCCCUCCUUAAACUCGAUUUUUGGGGUCUCGCCGGUCGACAAC